AUGCAUUUCUGGAUUGACAAACGCAGCCAGUGCGCUUACAGCGGUCGCCACCGGGUACCGUCCUCACUAUCAGCCGGCGUGGGACGGUCACGCGGGCGCGUGUGUGCGGCGGCAGGACGCAAGGGCAUGGCGGCGCCGGUGCACCGCUUCGCUCCCGUCGACUGCGCGCCCCGACGCCCACGCCCUCUGCGCCAUUAUGGGCCUCCUCCAAUGCCAGCGGUACAUUCAACACGAAGACAGAAUGACGAAUCUAGUCUAUACGUGGAGAUACCACCGGAGCCCCCACAACCGACCAUUGCAAGCCUGGCGGCUGCGCGUAGUGUCACCCCGGACACGUUGCUCCGGACCGCAGCCCUAGGGCUCGCCCACCACCACUCACCCAUGAUGGCACCACAUUUGAAGUUCGGCAUGCUAGUUUCUUUCGCGCUCGCAACUGUCUUCUUGGCGAGUGCGAAGUAUUAUUUUGAUAGACAGUUGGUACGCAGCAACGGCGGCAGCGCGGAGGUGAGUGGGGAGGUGGGGGUGGUGUGCGCGGCCGUGGCGUGCGUGUGCGGCGUGGGCUGCGCGCUGUCGCUGUGCCGCACGCGCGCCGCGCCGCCCCCGCAUCCCCCCGAGCGCGUGUCCUCCACCGCCAGGCGCCCCCUGCCCCGGACACCCACGCGGAAUGUGAAUCAGAGAGAGGUGACAAUAUCCGAACCCGAAGACAUAUCACUUACAAUCCUAUCACGACCGGAGCGCGAGGCCCCCAGCGGCAGCGAGGCGCGGGGUGCUCCAGGCUCGGAGGCUCCCCCGCCCUACCACAUCGCCGUAUUGCUGCCCACGCGCGGGUCUUCGCCCCCGCCACCUGCGUACUCAGCUCUCAGC